GCCGCGCGCGCGGAGCCACCAUGUCCGGCGAGGUGCGCCUGCGGCAGCUGGAGCAGUUCAUCCUGGACGGGCCGGCGCGGAGCAGCGGGCAGUGCUUCAGCGUGGAGACCCUGCUGGACGUCCUCAUCUGCCUGUACGACGAGUGCAGCAACUCCCCGCUGCGGAGGGAGAAGAACAUCCUCGAGUACCUGGAAUGGGCAAAACCAUUUACUUCUAAGGUGAAACAAAUGCGAUUACAUAGAGAAGACUUUGAAAUAUUAAAGGUUAUUGGUCGAGGAGCUUUUGGUGAGGUUGCUGUAGUAAAACUGAAAAAUGCAGAUAAAGUAUUCGCCAUGAAAAUUUUGAAUAAGUGGGAAAUGCUGAAAAGAGCUGAGACAGCGUGUUUCCGUGAGGAGAGGGAUGUGCUGGUGAAUGGGGACAAUCAGUGGAUCACAGCUCUGCACUAUGCUUUCCAGGAUGACAAUAACUUAUACCUGGUUAUGGAUUAUUAUGUUGGUGGAGAUUUACUUACUCUGCUCAGCAAGUUUGAGGAUAGACUACCUGAAGAUAUGGCUCGAUUCUAUUUGGCUGAGAUGGUGAUAGCAAUUGAUUCAGUUCAUCAGCUGCAUUAUGUGCACAGAGACAUUAAACCUGACAAUAUAUUGAUGGAUAUGAAUGGACAUAUUCGUUUAGCAGAUUUUGGGUCUUGUCUGAAACUGAUGGAAGAUGGAACGGUUCAGUCCUCAGUGGCAGUUGGCACCCCAGAUUAUAUUUCUCCUGAAAUUCUUCAAGCCAUGGAAGAUGGCAAAGGCAGAUAUGGACCUGAGUGUGACUGGUGGUCCCUGGGGGUCUGUAUGUAUGAAAUGCUCUAUGGAGAAACACCCUUCUAUGCAGAAUCUCUUGUGGAGACUUAUGGAAAAAUCAUGAACCACAAAGAGAGGUUCCAGUUUCCAGCCCAAGUGACUGAUGUGUCUGAAAAUGCAAAGGAUCUUAUUCGAAGACUCAUUUGUAGCAGAGAACAUCGACUUGGUCAAAAUGGAAUAGAAGACUUUAAGAAACAUCCAUUUUUCAGUGGAAUUGAUUGGGAUAAUAUUCGAAACUGUGAAGCACCAUAUAUUCCUGAAGUUAGUAGCCCAACUGAUACGUCUAAUUUUGAUGUGGACGAUGACUGUUUAAAAAAUUCUGAAACAAUGCCCCCACCAACACAUGCUGCGUUUUCUGGUCACCAUCUGCCAUUUGUUGGUUUCACAUAUACUAGUAGCUGUGUUCUUUCUGAUCGGAGCUGUUUAAGAGUUACAGCUGGUCCUACAUCGCUGGAUCUUGAUGUUAAUGUCCAGAGGACUCUAGAUAACAACUUAGCAACUGAAGCUUAUGAAAGAAGAAUUAAGCGCCUUGAACAGGAAAAACUUGAACUUAGUAGAAAGCUUCAAGAGUCAACACAAACUGUCCAAGCUUUGCAGUACUCAACUGUUGAUGGUCCACUUGCAGCAAGCAAAGAUUUAGAAAUAAAAAACUUGAAAGAAGAAAUUGAAGAACUAAGGAAACAAGUAGCAGAAUCAAGUCAUUUGGAACAGCAACUUGAAGAAGCUAAUUCUGCAAGGCGGGAACUCGAUGAUGCUUUCAGACAAAUCAAAGCUUGUGAAAAACAAAUCAAAAUCUUACAACAGGAGAGGGAGGAGCUGAAUAAGGAACUAGUCCAGGCUAGUGAGCGAUUAAAAAACCAAUCCAAAGAGCUGAAAGACGCACACUGUCAGAGGAAACUGGCCAUGCAGGAAUUCAUGGAGAUCAAUGAGCGGCUAACAGAAUUACACACCCAGAAACAGAAACUUGCUCGACAUGUCCGAGAUAAGGAAGAAGAGGUGGACCUAGUGAUGCAGAAAGUUGAAAGCUUAAGGCAAGAGCUGCGCAGAACAGAAAGAGCCAAGAAAGAGCUGGAAGUUCACAGGGAAGCUCUAGUCGCCGAGGCAUCUAAAGACAGGAAGCUGCGUGAGCAGAGCGAACACUACUCGAAGCAACUGGAGAACGAGCUGGAAGGACUGAAGCAGAAACAAAUUACUUAUUCACCAGGAAUAUGCAGUAUAGAACAUCAGCAAGAGAUAAACAAACUAAAAACUGAUUUGGAAAAGAAAAGUAUUUUUUAUGAAGAAGAAAUAUCUAAAAGAGAAGGAAUCCAUGCAAAUGAGAUUAAAAACCUAAAGAAAGAACUACAUGAUUCAGAAGGCCAGCAACUUGCUCUCAACAAGGAAAUUUUGGUUUUAAAAGACAAACUGGAAAAAACAAGGAGAGAAACUCAAAGUGAAAGGGAAGAAUUUGAAAAUGAGUUCAAGCAACAGUAUGAACGAGAAAAAGUUUUACUAACUGAAGAAAAUAAAAAGUUGACAAGUGAACUUGAUAAGCUUACCACUCUGUAUGAGAACUUAAGUAUGCACAACCAGCAGUUAGAAGAAGAGGUCAAGGACCUAGCAGACAAGAAGGAAUCAGUUGCACAUUGGGAAGCUCAGAUCACAGAAAUAAUUCAGUGGGUCAGUGAUGAGAAGGAUGCGCGAGGGUAUCUUCAGGCCCUCGCUUCUAAAAUGACCGAAGAAUUGGAGGCACUAAGAAAUUCCAGCCUGGGUACCCGAGCAACAGACAUGCCCUGGAAAAUGCGUCGUUUUGCAAAACUAGACAUGUCAGCUAGACUGGAGCUGCAGUCAGCCCUUGAUGCAGAGAUAAGAGCCAAACAGGCCAUUCAAGAAGAGCUGAACAAGGUUAAGGCGACUCACAUAGUAACAGAAUGUAAACUAAAAGAUUCAGAGAAGAAGAACUUGGAACUACUUUCAGAAAUUGAACAGCUGCUAAAGGACACUGAAGAGCUUAGAUCUGAAAAGGGCAUAGAGCACCAGGACUCACAGCACUCUUUCUUGGCAUUUCUGAAUGCGCCUACCGACGCUCUGGAUCAAUUUGAACGUACCCUGUCCUGUACUCCAGCUAGCAAAGGCAGACGUACUGCAGACUCAGCUCCACUUCCAGUCCAUACACCAACCUUAAGGAAAAAGGGAUGUCCUGGUUCAACUGGCUUUCCACCUAAGCGCAAGACUCAUCAGUUUUUUGUGAAGUCUUUCACAACACCCACCAAGUGCCAUCAGUGCACCUCUUUGAUGGUGGGUUUGAUGAGACAAGGCUGUGCGUGUGAAGUAUGUGGCUUCUCAUGUCACAUAACUUGUGUAAACAAAGCUCCAACUGCCUGUCCAGUUCCUCCUGAGCAGACAAAAGGUCCCCUGGGCAUAGAUCCACAAAAAGGAGUGGGAACAGCCUAUGAAGGCCACGUCAGGAUCCCUAAGCCAGCGGGAGUGAAGAAAGGAUGGCAGAGAGCUCUGGCUGUGGUCUGUGAUUUCAAACUCUUUCUGUAUGAUAUCGCUGAAGGAAAAGCCUCUCAACCCAGCGUGGUCAUCAGUCAGGUGAUCGACAUGAGAGAUGAAGAAUUUUCUGUGAGUUCAGUCCUGGCCUCUGAUGUGAUUCAUGCAAGUCGAAAAGAUAUACCCUGUAUAUUUAGGGUCACAGCUUCCCAGCUCUCAGCAUCUAACAACAAAUGUUCCAUCCUGCUGCUGGCAGAUAGUGAGAAUGAGAAGAGCAAGUGGGUGGGAGUGCUCAGUGAAUUGCACAAGAUUUUGAAGAAAAAUAAAUUCAGAGACCGUUCUGUCUAUGUUCCCAAAGAGGCCUAUGACAGCACACUCCCCCUCAUCAAAACAACCCAGGCUGCUGCAAUCAUAGAUCAUGAAAGAAUAGCUUUGGGAAAUGAAGAAGGGUUAUUUGUUGUUCAUGUCACCAAAGAUGAAAUUAUUAGAGUUGGUGACAAUAAGAAGAUUCAUCAGAUUGAACUCAUUCCAAACGAGCAGCUUGUUGCUGUGAUCUCAGGACGAAAUCGUCAUGUGCGGCUCUUUCCUAUGUCGGCUUUGGAUGGGCGAGAGACAGAUUUUUAUAAGCUGGCAGAAACUAAAGGGUGUCAGACUAUAACUGCUGGAAGAGUGCGCCAUGGGGCUCUGACAUGCCUGUGUGUGGCCAUGAAAAGGCAGGUCCUCUGCUAUGAGCUGUCUCAGAGCAAGACACGCCACAGAAAGUUUAAGGAACUUCAAGUUCCAUAUACUGUCCAGUGGAUGGCAGUCUUCAGUGAACAACUCUGUGUGGGAUUCCAGUCAGGAUUUCUCAGAUAUCCUUUGAAUGGAGACGGAGGGCCCUGCAGUCUGCUUCAUUCAAAUGACCACACACUGUCAUUUCUAACACACCAGCCAAUGGAUGCUCUCUGCGCGGUUGAGAUCUCCAGUAAAGAAUACCUGCUGUGUUUUAACAGCAUUGGGAUAUACACCGACUGCCAGGGGCGGAGAUCCCGACAGCAGGAGUUGAUGUGGCCCGCAAAUCCUUCCUCGUGUUGUUACAACGCACCCUAUCUCUCAGUAUACAGUGAAAAUGCAGUCGAUAUCUUUGAUGUCAACUCCAUGGAAUGGAUUCAGACUCUUCCUCUCAAAAAGGUUCGACCACUAAACAGUGAAGGAUCUUUAAAUCUUUUAGGAUUGGAGACAAUAAGAUUAAUAUAUUUCAAAAAUAAGAUGGCAGAAGGGGAUGAACUUGUAGUUCCUGAAACAUCAGACAAUAGUCGGAAACAAAUGGUCAGGAAUAUCAACAACAAACGGCGUUACUCCUUCCGUGUCCCUGAGGAGGAGCGGGUGCAGCAGAGGAGGGAGAUGCUACGAGAUCCAGAGAUGAGAAAUAAAUUAAUUUCUAACCCAACUAAUUUUAACCACAUAGCACACAUGGGUCCUGGAGAUGGAAUACAGAUCCUAAAAGACCUGCCCAUGAACCCCCGUCCUCAGGAAAGCCGGGCAGUAUUCAGCGGCUCCGUGAGUAUUCCAUCCAUCACCAAAUCCCGCCCUGAGCCAGGCCGCUCCGUGAGUGCCAGCAGUGGCCUGUCAGCGCGCUCCUCCGCGCAGAACGGCAGCGCCUUGAAGCGGGAGCUGUCGGGCGGAGGCUACGCCAAGCGGCAGCCCCUGCCCUCCCCGUCCGAGGGCUCUCUGUCGUCGGGGGGCAUGGACCACGGAAGCGACACCCCGGCCAGGGGCUACGAGGGAGAGGACUCCGACUCCCCGCGGCAUUCCACAGCCUCCAACAGCUCCAACCUGAGCAGCCCCCCGAGCCCGGUGUCGCCCCGAAAAACCAAGAGCCUCUCUCUGGAGAGCACCGACCGCGGAGGCUGGGACCCCUGAGCCGGCCCACGCCCUCCCCGCCUCUGCCCAGCAUCUCCUCCCACCUCAGCGGGGAAGGACUGGAGGAGGGGCAGCGCAGCCCGCCCGCGGCUGCGGCGACGUCCCUGUGUGCAGACCUCCCCUCCCCACGCAGCCGGCCGACUGCGGGGCGGCGAAGCCCCGCGCAGCCUGGCCCAGCGGCGCCUGCCGCCAGCCUGCGCUCUUCCUACCACGCCGCCUAAACCCGGAGACGCAGCCUACGUGCUGAUGUACAUAGCCAGAGAAGCAUCGUGUACCCUGAACAUGGAUGCGAAUAUAAGAGAGCUCUUUAAUUUAAAGAAAUGUGUUUCUCGUCUUUCCCAGCCACGACACGUACAGGGUAGAAGAAAGGCCUCUCAAGGCUGGGGGGGCAGAGCGCGGAGGCUCGCACAGCGCCC